UUUGUUCCUCACUCCUCUAUCACAUCUUCUAAUAUCUUCAUUACUACCCUCCCCACUACUACCCUAGCCAUAAAGAGCUACAUCAGGCACUCGGGCCAAUAAUCCACAGUGCUUAUAGACAUAAUAUUGGGUAUAUAUAGGUAAACAAAUCCGUAUAUAUAUCUUUUACCGUCCCACCAAUCCUCCUCAUAAUCGGAACCCGAAAUCCCACGUCGACCAUCGAAACCUCCGAAUAGUCGACGUAAAAUCAUUUGCAAUGGCCGGCGGAGCCGUUCCACAAGGGUCCUCGGACGUGAACCGGGUCGAGGCACCCGUUACUCUCAAGGCCUAUCUCAUGUGUGCCUUUGCCGCCUUCGGUGGUAUCUUCUUCGGAUAUGACAGUGGUUAUAUCAGCGGUGUCAUGGGAAUGGACUACUUCAUUCACCAAAUCGAAGGCCCCGACGCCACCGUUCUCACCUCCACCCACAAGUCUCUGAUCACUUCUAUCCUCUCUGCUGGUACUUUCUUUGGCGCGCUUAUGGCUGGUGAUAUUGCUGACUGGACUGGUCGACGAACUACUAUCAUUGGUGGUUGCGUUGUCUUCCUCGUCGGUACUGCUCUUCAAACCGCCUCUGCUGGCUUGGGUCUCAUCGUGGCCGGUCGUCUCGUUGCCGGUUUCGGUGUCGGUGCCGUCUCUGCCAUUCUGAUUCUGUAUAUGUCCGAAAUUGCUCCUCGCAAAGUUCGUGGUGCCCUCGUCUCCGGCUACCAGUUCUGCGUCACCGUUGGUCUUCUGCUGGCGUCAGCUAUCGACUACGGCACCCAGGACCGAAAUGACAGCGGUUCUUACCGCAUCCCUAUCGCUAUUCAGAUGCUCUGGGCUAUUAUCCUCGGAACCGGUCUCUUCCUUCUUCCCGAAUCCCCUCGAUACUACGUUAAGAAGGGCAAGCUCGACCUCGCCGCCAAUGUCUUGUCUCGUCUGCGCGGCGAGUCCAUCGAAUCUGAUUACAUUCAAGAUGAAUUGGCUGAGAUCAUCGCCAACCACGAAUAUGAACUGUCCGUCGUCCCCUCGGAAGGAUACUGGAGCUCCUGGUUGGCUUGCUUCAGCGGAUCUCUCUUCAAGGGCAGCAGCAAUCUCCGCCGUACCAUUCUUGGUACAUCUCUUCAGAUGAUGCAGCAAUGGACCGGUGUCAACUUUGUGUUCUACUUCGGUACCACGUUCUUCAAGCAGCUCGGCACUAUUGAAAACCCGUUCUUGAUCUCCCUCAUUACCACCCUCGUCAACGUUUGCUCCACUCCCAUCUCCUUCUGGUCUAUGGAGAAGAUCGGACGACGACCUCUGCUCAUCUGGGGUGCCCUGGGCAUGGUUAUCUGCCAGUUCAUCGUUGCCAUCAUCGGCACCAUCACCAGCGCCGACGCUGCCGUUAAGACCAUGAUUGCCUUCAUCUGCAUCUACAUCUUCUUCUUUGCCAGCACUUGGGGCCCUGGCGCUUGGGUCGUUAUCGGAGAAAUCUACCCUCUGCCCAUGCGUGCUCGUGGUGUCGCUCUCUCGACCGCCAGCAACUGGCUGUGGAACUGCAUCAUCGCCGUCAUCACCCCUUACAUGACUGACGAGGACAAAGGCAACCUCGGUGCCAAGGUCUUCUACAUCUGGGGCAGUCUCUGCGCGAUCUGCUUCGUCUACGCCUACCUCCUGAUCCCCGAGACCAAGGGAUUGACCCUAGAACAGGUCGACCGCAUGUUGGAGGAGACCACCCCCAGGACCUCGGCCAAGUGGGUGCCUCACUCUACGUAUGCUGCCGAGAUGGGCUUCACGGAUAAGAACGCCGGAACCCAUCACGAGCACGUUACGAAGGAAGAGGUUUAAGCGUGGAAGUAAUUUGUAUAUAUUGGUGUUUCACCCAGAGGAUAUAAGGAGGCCCUGGGUAUCAGUAUGAGGUCUAGACAUAUAAGAUAUCAGACAUACCUAAUCAUUUCGGCGUUGGGGUUGGUCUAGACAGACCGUGGGCAUGCAGUUUA